AUGGCAGUGGAGGACGUCCCAGGUGCCCCCAGCACCCUGGUGUGCCCCUCCAGCUGGGCUGGGCUACGGCAGGGACAGUGGCAGAGCUAUUUUUGCUUAUGCUGCCGCGGCUGCUGCAAGGAGGCAUCAAUCAUUGAUGCUCUGGGCAUCCCUGCCUGCCCGGAGUGGCACGGACAGCAGCCAGCCAGGCGGGUGGGGCAGGCCUGGGGCUCUGCUGAGGAGCUGGGGCCCGAGGAGCUACGGCCGCCGGCAGCCCUGGCUCCUCACGCUGUCCCCACCAGUGCACUGCACCGCCAGCCCCAGCACCUGGGAACCCAGCCUGAGACCCGCGACCAGCGGGCCGGGCCAGGGCUGGGGUGUGGCGCCAGCCUCCCUAGCACGGUGGUCCUAGGGAGGAGGUUGAGCAAGUGCGGGCCAGCAGGAGAGAGCGCGGGCCGCUCACAGCCCCUACAGGCUGCCCCCCGCAGGGGUGACCCUCAGAAACGAGCUGACAGGAGCCACCACAGCCCUGUGUGCACCAUGCUGGACAAUCAGGAUAUGUCGCACAGGGGGCGUGGCGUGGCCACUAAGGGCGGGGCCUGGCGGGCAGCAGCCAAUGGGCUGAAUGAGGCCGGCGGCGCCGCCCGCGCUCGCUCCGCAGUGGCUGGGCUUGGGCUGGGCUGGCCGGGGCGGGGUCCUGGCGGUGGCGGGGUUGGGGGCGCGGGCUCCGCCCGCAGUCCGAGGUCUGCAGCCAGCGGCAUCGCGGGGCUGCGGAGGCAGAGCGUUGCGCUCGCCCGACCCCCUGGCCGCCCGCGCGGCGGAGCCGGGAUCUGCGACUGGACGCGACGGGCCGCCGCCGGCCAGCACCGCCCGGCCGCCAAGAUGUGCGACUGCUUCCACAUGGUGCUGCCCACCUGGCCCGGAGCCCCCGGCAGCGUGUCUGGCCGGCAGUUGCAGCCUGAGGAGCCAGAUGCAGAAACCGAGGAGGACCACUGUGUGACUGAAGGGUCUGUGGAUGAGAUCAUUCGGCCCCGGCCACAGGGGUCCUCGCCUGUCUACGAGUACGUGACUGAGGGUGCCAGCUUCGGCCUCCCGGAAGACACGCCAAGGAGGCGGAGGUCCUGGUGGAAGCGGGAUUCGGGGGAUUCACAGACGCAUUCCAGGAUGAGCCGUCUGGAGUCCACGCAGGAGGCGACGGGUGGGACACUGAAGACCAAGGUGGAGGCCGGAGCCAGUGGCUACGUUGUCACGGGCGGCGGGGACCAGGGGAUCUUUGUCAAGCAAGUGCUGAAGGAGUCCUCAGCUGCCAAGCUCUUCAGCCUGAGAGAAGGGGAUCAGUUGCUCAGCACAACCAUCUUCUUUGACGACAUUAAAUAUGAAGAUGCUCUGAAAAUCCUUCAGUACUCAGAGCCUUACAAGGUUCAGUUCACAAUCAAACGGAAACUUCCUGCCAGGGAGGACGAGGAGGGAGCUUCCGGCGGCGCUCAGCGUGGCUCAAGGGACAGCAAGGAGCAGGACCAGGAUAUCGCCGACGGGUGCACGGAGACCCCCACGAAGACGCUGCAGGAGGACGGAGACCAGGAGAGGCUCAUCUCCAAGCCCAGGGAGGGCAGAGGCAGGCAGACCCAGAGGGAGCGGCUCUCCUGGCCCAAAUUCCAAGCUCUGAAGAGCAAGCGUGGGCCAGGGCCCCGGAGGUCACACAGCUCUUCGGAGGCCUACGAGCGAGGGGACGUGCCUGACCUGCCCCCCACGAGCACAGACACGGAGGCCCAGCUCACGGAAGAGGAGCAGGUGCCGGGAGCAGGGCCGGGCAGCCAGCGGAAGAGAAGCUUCCCAAACCUGAGAUUCCGGGUGGGCUCAGGGAAGGGGCUGUCGGGCAGGGGAGCCCACGGUGGGACAGUCCAGGCUGGGGUCCUGGUGGAGACGGGGCCCUGGGAUGCCGGGCACAAGGCCGCCAGGGCUGCCGCACAUGGCGGGAGAGAGGACAGGACGGCAGGGGUGCCAGAGGAGGCCGAGCCCACCAUGGAGCCCGGCCUCCCCAGUGAGGGAGCCCCGGGGGAAGGGGCCGGCCCAGCCCCAAGACAGAGCGGGGAGGGGCCCAGGGAAGGCACGCAGGCGCUGGAGAUCGGCAUUGCCAGACUGUCUCUGCGAGACUCAGCAGGCCGAGGCAGCCACCAAAACCACCAGCCAGAAUUCCACGUCCGCAUACCCGUUUUAAAGCCACCCAAGUUUGGACUUUACAAAGAAGAAGCGCUCGAGAAAGAAGGGGCCACGACAGCUCUCCAGGGGGGACCAUGGCAGAGAAGGGUCUCUGGUGAGGACGCGGAGGCCAAGGGGGAGGACGCAGGUGAAGCAGCAGCGCACAGGAGCAGACAACCCCCAGUCCAUCAGGGUGCUCUGCCAGCACAAGCGGGAGGAGACACGGAGGAAGAUGCAGCCCGGAAGGGAGAAGAGGACAGCGAGGGGGGGGACCCGCACACGGAGGAGAAGGAGGGAAAGACGAAAAUGCUAAAGCUCAAGCUGCCCUCCUUUGGGUGGUCACCAGCGAAGGAGGCAAAAGGAGACAAAGUGACACAACUCCAGGAAAUGGAGAAGGAAAAGGAAAGCAGCACCACAGUAGUAACAUCAGAGACAGACGUAAAAGGCAAAGAUGGACUAGAGACAGACAGCAAGUUCAAAAUGCCCAAGUUCAGGAUGCCGUCCUUUGGGGUGUCAGCACCCAGAAAGUCUGUCGAGGCCGCCGCGGAGGUGUCCGUGCCCAAGGCCCAGGCCGAGGUGACCCUACCCUCGGUGCAGGCCAACGUCAAGACCAGUGACCUCAGUAUCAAGCUGCCCUCUGCCGAGCUGGAGGUCAAGGCCGCCGAGGUGGGCGUGAAGCUCCCAGAGGGCCACAUUCCCAAAGCGGAGCCCAAGGAAGCGGCCGCGGGAAUCGGACUCAAAGGCCACCUGCCGAAGGUGCAGGUGCCCAGCAUCAAGGUGCCCAAGGGGGACAUCAAGGCACCCCAGGUAGACAUCAAGGGGCCCAAAGUGGACCUGAAGGAUGCCAAGGGCGAGGUGACGGCCCCCGAAGUGAAGGUAUCACUGCCCAGCGUGAAGGUGGACACCCAGGCUGCGAGCACCAAGCUGGAGAGUGACAUGUCCCUUGGGGAAAAGGAGGUGGCCGCCAGAGACAGCAAGUUCAAAAUGCCCAAGUUCAAGAUGCCGUCCUUUGGGGUGUCAGCGCCCAGCAAGUCCGACGAGGCCGCCAUGGAGGUGUCCGUGCCCAAGGUCCAGGCCGAAGUGACCCUGCCCUCGGUGCAGGCCAACGUCAAGACCAGUGACCUCAGCAUUGAGCUGCCCUCUGCCGAGCUGGAGGUCAAGGCCGCCGAGGGGGGCGUGAAGCUCCAGAGGGCCACAUUGGCGGAAGCAGAAUCCAAGGAAGUGGCAGCGGGAAUUGGACUCAAAGGCCACCCGCCCAAGGUGCAGAUGCCCAGCAUGAAGGUGCCCAAGAUGGACAUCAGGGGCCCAAAUGGAUUGAAGGACACCAAGGGCGAGGUGACGGCCCCCGAAGUGGAGGUGUCACUGUCCAGAGUGGAGGUGGACACCCAGGCCAGGGCACCAAGCUGGCGGGGCGACGUGUCCCUUGGGGACAAGGAGGUGGCAGUCAGAGACAGCAAGUUCAAAAUGCCCAAGUUCAAGAUGCCGUCCUUCGGGGUGUCGGCGCCCAGCAAGUCCGUCAAGGCCGCUGUGGACGUGUCCGUGCCCAAGGCCCAGGCCGAAGUGACCCUGCCCUCGGUGCAGGCCGACGUGAAGACCAGUGACCUCAGCAUCGAGCUGCCCUCCGCCGAGCUGGAGGUCAAGGCCGCCGAGGUGGGCGUGAAGCUCCCAGAGGGCCACCUUCCCGAAGCGGAGCCCAAGGAAGCAGCAGGGAAUGGACUCAAGAGCCACCUGCCCAAGGGGCAGAUGCCCAGCAUCAAGGUGCCCAAGGUGGACAUCAAGGGGCCCAAACUGGACCUGCAGUACGACAAGGGUGAGGUGACGGCCCCCGACGUGGAGGUGUCACUGCCCAGCGUGGAGGUGGACACCCAGGCCGCGGGCAGCAAGCUGGAGGGCGAUGUGUUCCUGGGGGACAAGGAGGUGGCCAUCAGAGACAGCAAGUUCAAAAUGCCCAAGUUCAAGAUGCCAUCCUUCGGGGUGUCGGCGCCCAGCAAGUCCGUCAAGGCCGCCGUGGAGGUGUCCGUGCCCAAGGCCCAGGCCGAGGUGACUCUGCCCUCGGUGCAGGCCGACGUGAAGACCAGUGACCUCAGCAUCGAGCUGCCCUCCGCUGAGCUGGAGGUCAAGGCCGCCGAGGUGGGCGUGAAGCUCCCGGAGGGCCACCUUCCCGAAGCGGAGCCCAAGGAAGCGGCAGCGGGAAUCGGACUCAAAGGCCACCUGCCCAGGGUGCAGAUGCCCAGCAUGAAGGUGCCCAAGGUGGACAUCAAGGGGCCCAAACUGGACCUGAAGGACGCCAAGGGUGAGGUGACGGCCCCCGACGUGGAGAUGUCACUGCCCAGCGUGAAGGUGGACACCCAGGCCGUGGGCAGCAAGCUGGAGGGCGACGUGUCCAUGGGGGACAAGGAGGUGGCCGCCAGAGACAGCAAGUUCAAAAUGCCCAAGUUCAAGAUGCCAUCCUUCGGGGUGUCGGCGCCCAGCAAGUCCGUCAAGGCCGCCGUGGAGGUGUCCGUGCCCAAGGCCCAGGCCGAGGUGACUCUGCCCUCGGUGCAGGCCGACGUGAAGACCAGUGACCUCAGCAUCGAGCUGCCCUCCGCUGAGCUGGAGGUCAAGGUCGCUGAGGUGGGCGUGAAGCUCCCAGAGGGCCACCUUCCCGAAGUGGAGCCCAAGGAAGCGGCAGCGGGAAUCGGACUCAAAGGCCACCCGCCCAAGGUGCAGAUGCCCAGCAUGAAGGUGCCCAAGGUGGACAUCAAGGGGCCCAAACUGGAUCUGAAGGAGGCCAAGGAUGAGGUGACGGCCCCUGAUGUGGAGAUGUCACUGCCCAGCGUGGAGGUGGACACCCAGGUAGCGGGCAGCAAGCUGGAGGGCGACAUGUCCAUGGGGGACAAGGAGGUGGCCGCCAGAGACAGCAAGUUCAAAAUGCCCAAGUUCAAGAUGCCGUCCUUCGGGGUGUCGGCGCCCAGCAAGUCCGUUAAGGCCCCCGUGGAGGUGUCCGUGGCCAAGGCCCAGGCCGAGGUGACCCUGCCCUCGGUGCAGGCCGACGGCAAGACCAGUGACCUCAGCAUCGAGCUGCCCUCCGCCGUGCUGGAGGUCAAGGCCGCCGAGGUGGGCGUGAAGCUCCCAGAGGGCCACAUUGCAGAAGCAGAACCCAAGGAAGCGGCAGCGGGAAUUGGACUGAAGGGCCACCUGCCCAAGGUGCAGAUGCCCAGCAUCAAGGUGCCCAAGGUGGACAUCAAAGGGCCCAAACUGGAUCUGAAGGAGGCCAAAGGUGAGGUGACGGCCCCUGACGUGGAGAUGUCGCUGCCCAGUGUGAAGGUGGACACCCAGGCCGUGGGCAGCAAGCUGGAGGGCGACGUGUCCAUGGGGGACAAGGAGGUGACCGCCAGAGACAGCCAGUUCAAAAUGCCCAAGUUCAAGAUGCCGUCCUUCGGGGUGUCAGCGCCCAGCAAGUCCGUCGAGGCCGCCGUGGAGGUGUCCGUGCCCAAGGCCCAGGCCGAAGUGACCCGGCCCUCUCUGCAGGCCGACGUGAAGACCAGUGACCUCAGCAUCGAGCAGCCCUCCGCCGAGCUGGACGUCAAGGCUGCUGAGGUGGGCGUGAAGCUCCCGGAGGGCCAUCUUCCCGAAGCGGAGCCCAAGGAAGCAGCAACGGGAAUCGGGCUCAAGGGCCACCUGCCCAGGGUGCAGAUGCCCAGCAUCAAGGUGCCCAAGGUGGACAUCAAGGCCCCCCAGGUGGACAUCAAGGGGCCCAAAGUGGACCUGAAGGACGACAAGGGCGAGGUGAUGGCCCCCGGCGUGGAGGUGUCACUGCCCAGCGUGGAGGUGGACACCCAGGCCGCGGGCACCAAGCUGGAGGGCGACGUGUCCAUGGGGGACAAGGAGGUGGCCGCCAGAGACAACCAGUUCAAAAUGCCCAAGUUCAAGAUGCCAUCCUUCGGGUUGUCGGUGCCCAGCAAGUCAGUCAAGGCCACCGUGGAGGUGUCCUGCCCAAAGGCCCCGUCCGAGGUGACCCUACCCUCGGUGCAGGCCGACCGCAAGACCAGUGACCUCAACAUCGAGCUGCCCUCCGCCGAGCUGGAGGUCAAGGCCGCCGAGGUGGGCGUGAAGCUCCCAGAGGGCCACAUUGCCGAGGCAGAAUCCAAGGAAGUGGCAGCGGGAAUUGGACUGAAGGGCCACCUGCCCAAGGUGCAGAUGCCCAGCAUCAAGGUGCCCAAGGUGGACAUCAAAGGGCCCAAACUGGAUCUGAAGGAGGCCAAGGGUGAGGUGACGGCCCCUGAUGUGGAGAUGUCGCUGCCCAGCGUGAAGGUGGACACCCAGGCCUUGGGCAGCAAGCUGGAGGGCGACGUGUCCAUGGGGGACAAGGAGGUGACCGCCAGAGACAGCCAGUUCAAAAUGCCCAAGUUCAAGAUGCCGUCCUUCGGGGUGUCAGCGCCCAGCAAGUCCAUCGAGGCCGCCGUGGAGGUGUCCGUGCCCAAGGCCCAGGCCGAAGUGACCCGGCCCUCUCUGCAGGCCGACGUGAAGACCAGUGACCUCAGCAUCGAGCAGCCCUCCGCCGAGCUGGACGUCAAGGCUGCCGAGGUGGGCGUGAAGCUCCCGGAGGGCCAUCUUCCCGAAGCGGAGCCCAAGGAAGCAGCAACGGGAAUCGGGCUCAAGGGCCACCUGCCCAGGGUGCAGAUGCCCAGCAUCAAGGUGCCCAAGGUGGACAUCAAGGCCCCCCAGGUGGACAUCAAGGGGCCCAAACUGGACCUGAAGGACACCAAGGGCGAGGUGACGGCCCCCGACGUGGUGGUGUCACUGCCCAGCGUGGAGGUGGACACCCAGGCCACGGGCACCAAGCUCGCGGGCGACGUGUCCCUUGGGGACAAGGAGGUGGCUGCCAGAGACAGCAAGUUCAAAAGGCCCAAGUUCAAGAUGCCGUCCUUUGGGGUGUCAGCGCCCAGCAAGUCAGUCAAGGCCACCGUGGAGGUGUCCGUGCCCAAGGCCCAAGCCGAAGUGACCCUGCCCUCGGUGCAGGCCAACGGCAAGACCAGUGACCUCAACAUCGAGCUGCCCUCCGCCGAGCUGGAGGUCAAGGCCGCCGAGGAGGGCAUGAAGCUCCCAGAGGGCCACAUUGCCGAGGCAGAGCCCAAGGAAGCGGCAGCAGGAAUUGGACUGAAGGGCCACAUGCCCAAGGUGCAGAAGCCCAGCAUCAAGGUGCCCAAGGUGGACAUAAAGGGGCCCAAACUAGACCUGAAGGAGGCCAAAGGUGAGGUGACAGCCCCCGACAUGGAGGUGUCACUGCCCAGCGUGGAGGUGGACACCCAGGCUGCGGGCACCAAGCUGGAGGGCGACGUGUCCCUUGGGGACAAGGAAGUGGCCGCCAGAGACAGCAAGUUCAAAAUGCCCAAGUUCAAGGUGCCGUCCUUUGGGGUGUCGGCGCCCAGGAAGUCCGUCGAGGCCGCUGUGGAGGUGUCUGUGCCCAAAGCCCAGGCCGAGGUGACCCUGCCCUCGGUGCAGGCCGACGUCAAGACCAGUGACUUCAGCAUCGAGCUGCCCUCCGCUGAGCUGGAGGUCAAGGUCGCCGAGGUGGGUGUGAAACUCCCCGAGGGCCACCAUCCCGAAGCGGAGCCCAAGGAAGCGGCAGCAGGAAUUGGACUCAAAGGCCACCCGCCCAAGGUGCAAAUGCCCAGUAUCAAGGUGCCCAAGGUGGACAUCAAGGGGCCCAAACUGGACCUGAAGGACGCCAAGGGUGAGGUGAUGGCCCCUGAUGUGGAGAUGUCGCUGCCCAGCGUGGAGGUGGACACCCAGGCCGCGGGCAGCAAGCUGGAGGGCGACGUGUCCAUGGGGGACAAGGAGGUGGCCGCCAGAGACAGCCAGUUCAAAAUGCCCAAGUUCAAGAUGCCGUCCUUUGAGGUGUCAGCGCCCAGCAAGUCCGUCGAGGCCGCCGUGGAGGUGUCCGUGCCCAAGGCCCAGGCCGAAGUGACCCGGCCCUCUCUGCAGGCCGACGUGAAGACCAGUGACCUCAGCAUCGAGCAGCCCUCCGCCGAGCUGGACGUCAAGGCUGCUGAGGUGGGCGUGAAGCUCCCGGAGGGCCAUCUUCCCGAAGCGGAGCCCAAGGAAGCAGCAACGGGAAUCGGGCUCAAGGGCCACCUGCCCAGGGUGCAGAUGCCCAGCAUCAAGGUGCCCAAGGUGGACAUCAAGGCCCCCCAGGUGGACAUCAAGGGGCCCAAAGUGGACUUGAAGGAUGACAAGGGCGAGGUGACGGCCCCCGGCGUGGAGGUGUCACUGCCCAGCAUGGAGGUGGACACCCAGGCCGCGGGCAGCAAGCUGGAGGGCGACGUGUCCCUUGGAGACAAAGAGGUGGCCGCCAGAGUUAGAAACAUUAAAAUGGAAGGCGGAGGUAAUAUCCAAAUCAAAAAAUCACAUUUUAAAAUUCCCAAAUUCUUCUCUUCAUCUGGCAAAUCCUUCAAAAGUUCUGCACCAGUAGAUGUUAAUUUUGGGGUUUCUCUGCCCCCAAGUACCUCUGUCACCUUCUCAGAAUUUAGUGGUGGUGGAUCUUUGACGCAGGAUUCGGCCACCAGGGAGCCGUCCGUGCCUCUUCCCUGGUUGGGUUGGCCUGGUUUUUCUGGCAGCCUUGAUCUCAGUGGUACCCAUGCCGAGCCUGCCUCUCUGUCUCCUGCCGAGGGCAUCAUACUCACAAAAUACCAGGUGACUCUCCCCGGAGCCGCCGUCCCCCCGGAGCUCCCUCUGGAAGCAGCCCCUUGUUCCCAGAACGAUGCCCAUCUUCCCAGCACAGAAAGUUCUGCCCGUCUCCCAACCCAGGAGAGAGUUGCAGUGUCCCAGACUGACCGUCCCGCAGGCCCUGUGGACCCCAUGUUUCUUGCAUCGUACGGUCGGGUGAGUUUUCCUAAGUUUCAUCCACCAAAGUUCGGGUUUUCUGUCCCAGAAGCAGCCGAUGCAGAGGUGGAGGCCAGUGCCGGGGAUUGUGCCCCCUCUCUAUCCACUACUGGCCCUGCCCGGGGCCUGGACUCCACAGCUGUGCCGCGCAGCGCGGGGCCGUCGGCAGUGGCUGCAGGUGAGACCCCAGCUAAAGAUACUGAACGUGGAGGGAAAGACAGUCCCUUAAAAAUGCCGUGGAUCAAGCUUCCGUCAUUCAUGUGGUCCCCAAAGAAGGGGACGGUGCCCCCAGGGGACCCUGAACGCAGCCUGGACGCCGCAGAGCUCGGCGUGGCUGUGGACACGGGUCCCAAGGGCGUGCCCCCUGGGCAUCCUGUGUCUGCAGCGGAGGUGGCAGUGGACGCGCUUCCAGACAAGGACGGAGAGGGGAGAGGCAUGAAGUCGCCUGGCUGCGCCGUGCUGGAACACGCACCUCCCACAGUGCCCGCUCCAGAGGGAGGGCCCGGCCUGCCACGGGGAGACCCCGCUGCUCCACGCUCUAGGCCCCCGGUGGGCGGUGGCGCCCGUGCCACAGAGAGGGCUGGUGGUGCAGCUGGUGCUGGGGGCACCGGCACGGUGGUCGGCCCCCCAGAAGGAGCGGGCGCGGACCUCCAUCUGCCACAGGCCCCCGCUCCCCUUUUGGACUUUGCCAGACCCGACCUCAGACCCAGCAAGGCCAAGGUGGGGGUGAGCUCGUCUGCUGGUGGCCCUCCGUCUCUGGGACACAGCAGCCAAGGGCACGGGCUUCGGGACGGCUCGGCAAGCCAGCCUCUCGGCGAGGCGACGGCCCCCUCAGUAGGAGACCCCCAGCAGCCGUCCUGCAGCCCAGCAAAUGUGGACGUUCCUGCGGUGGAGACCGCGGCCUCGCCUGGGGGCUGGUUCAGGAUGCCCGCGCUCCGCCUGCCCAGCAUCCGGCGCCCCGCCAAGGAGAGGGGGGCGGCUGGGGCUCGGGGGGCGCCAGUGCCCGCGCCUGCCGCCAGCGCACUGAGGGAAGGAGAAAGGCCAGCUCCAGUCAAGGGUCAGGGGGUUCCUGGGUCAGAGGUGGAAGAAGCUAUGUCCCUGCAGCCCCCAGAGGCAGGGGCAGACGAGGCAGCUGCGGAGCUCGUGUCCUACGCAGACCCAGACAUUCUAAAGAGAAACCUUGAGGAAAAAGGCUCAGAGCCGCACCUCUCUGCUGCAGGGGUGCCCGCUGCGGACCUUUCCCCUUCCGAGGUCAGGGUCCGUCCAGGCGAAGGCUCCCUGCCUCUUCAGAUGCCCAGCGGCAGACUUUCAGGAACCCAGGCUCCACUGGGAGAAAUGGGCACGGCUCCUCCUGCUGGGCCUGCAGGACUGGACCUUGCUGCGGGGGAGGGGAGGGCAGAGGAACGGUCCUCCCAGCCUGAAGGCCCCAUUAAACUGAAGGCGUCAAGGACCGACGGGCCGUCCCAGGUUUCUGUCGUUAACAUGGGUCAGCCCUGGGAAGGCUCCGUGGUAACUGCCAAACUGCCCAGGAUAAGCGUGCCAAGGUUCGCCUUUCCUGACCCCAGCUCCGAGGCUGACAUCUUUAUCCCCGCCGUGACAGAAGUGCGGUGCCCAGCGAGCAGCCUUGCCCACGCCCUGCACGAGGAAAGCCCGGGAGUCUGGGGUGCCAGCAUCCUGAAGGCAGGUGCUGGGACCCCCGGGGAGCAGCCCAUGACCCUUGACUUCUCCCCGGAAGCUUCCCCCAUUUCCAAGGUCAGAAUGCGCACUCAGCACGCGCAGGGCGAGAGCCCCGAGGUCGCCGUCCACAGCGGGGUGACGGCAGAGUUGGCUGACCUCUCAGGACCCGAGGCUAUUUCCACCCGGGUCGUGCGGCAAUUGGAGAUCCCCGCCUCCGAGACCCAAACGGCUUCUUAUGGGUUCUCGUUGCUAAAGGUGACGAUGCCGGAGCCCCGCAUGCAGGUGCGUGUCCGAGACUCCCGGCUGAGGGAGGGCCUGCAGGAGGCUUCCAAACAAGCUACCCCGGGAGCAGACCCCGCUUCUGGAGAUCUGCAGCCGGACACCGGAGAACCGUUUGAAGUGAUCUCGUCCAGUGUCAACGUGCCUGGACGGCCAACAUUCACGCCCAAAGUGCACUCUGGCCACCAGGGUGCCGACAGCUGCUCGGACGACGAGGAGGCUGCAGAAAUUCUCGAAUUUCCCCCUGAAGACGAGAGCCGGGAGGCAGCUGCCUCCCUGGCAGAGGAAGGCAGGGCUCCAGAAGAGAAACCAGAGGGUAAAAGAUCUUCCGGGCUGUUCAGGUUCUGGCUUCCGAGCACUGGGUUUUCUUCCUCUGCAGAAGAGACACGUGCUCAUUCCAAAGAUGAAGCCCGCUGGUCGGCUCCCGUCCAGACACAGCCUGGGGCACGGCCCGAGGCAGAGCCACCUAAGAAGCCCGAGAAGGCGGGCUGGUUUCGAUUUCCCAAAUUAGGGUUCUCCUCCUCUCACACCGAGAAAAGCAAAAGCUCUGAAGACGAGGCAGCUCUGGCAGAGCAAAAACUCCAAGAACAAGCGGUCACGUUCUUCGAUGCCCCAGAAAGCUUCUCCCCAGAGGACAAGGGGGCCGGGGAGCCGGCGGAGACUGAGGGCGCCAGGCCAGGCGCCAGAGCGGUGACCACGUCCACAGCAAGGACGGAGCUGGGCCUGCUGGAGCAGGACCCAGAGGGCGGGAUGAACCUGCACCCGGGCCCACCACCAAGUGAGGACAGACGGACAGACGAAAGGAGGCCCUGCGAAGCCGCCACCGUGAGGGCGCGUGUGUCCACCUUGAUUCACAGCACCGAGAGCGGAGCAGAGGUGCCUGAGUGCGGCGGGGCCCCACCCUCACACAGCCCUCCCAGAGCGGGGCCCCAAACGUGCCGGCGCCCCAGAACCUCGGCAGCAGAGGCGGCGUCCGGACUCCCCACGAGGCCCUGUGCUCCUGAGGGUCCUCAUUAGACACGUGUUCCUCGAGAUCCCGGCCCGCGAGGCCCUCGCGAACACAGCUGCUGCUUGCAGAAGGGGCUGUGACGGCUGUGGGUGCAGAAGUCGUUUGGGGUUCAGCUCCUGUCCUGCUGCUGCUUCCUGGGGACGGUAGUUUCCCUGUUUCCGGCGGAGUCCGGCAUAUUCCAGGAAACCCCCUUCCCUGCUCGCUUAGAACCAGCUCACUCUGCUGUUGGAUGUCUCGCCGCGCAAGCUUUGGGAUGGGUUGUGUGACGAUGCACGCGCCCUGGGCUGGGGGCGGGCGAGCCAGCAGAGGCCGUUCAGACGGCCGUGAGUUCCCACGAGACGUCUGUGGGCGUCCGCUUGCCCGCCGGCACCCCCCCACGUGCCCGGCCCCUCAGUGUACCCGCCGCCGCCAGGCUGCAGACGGGACUUAUUUGGCUGCUCCCUGGACCCUGGACGGGCAAUAAAGGAAGUGCUGCUUCCCCA